CUAGUUCGUGUGAACAAACCGUGUGACAUAGUAGUGCGAACGAUUUUAUCGAGAGAGAGAGAGAGAGAGAAAAAAAGAGAGAGAGUGAACGAGACAAAAUAAACUGUUACUGUAGUGGUAGUAGUAUAAUCAAACAUUCACAUGUAUCUUCAUGUUUAAUUAGAGAAAAACGCAAAUGCGAAGAUACGAGUGAGAUUUUUUUUAAAAGUCGAAAAAGUGUUCCUUCCAAAAUUUUGCAAAUGCGCGGAUGUAGAUUUGCGCAAAAUCCAGUAUAUUCAGUUGGUGAGAGACCGAGUACUGUAAAGCACCCCUUAUCGGCGUCUUAUGAAGCCAUUUCCAAAAGGAUUGCUUUUGCCGCUAUAAGACGCGUCUCACGAAACUUUGCAUAAUGAAACGCGACACAACAGGAGUAGCACUCCCACAAUUCACUGUGAAUGAGAGAAUCGUGAGCAAAGGCGGACUACCACACUAAACGAGCAAUCCUCCUAGUAGUGGCAAACUUUGUGAUCGAAUAAAGUUGGUGCUAGUUCUGUUACAUAAUAAUUUCUGUCCACAAAUUAUGACAGAAAAUAUACACACAACUCAUGUACGAAUUGUAAACUAAAAGAUUUCAUAAUUUAACGAAGAAUGCCAAAACAUGAAAGAAUUGGAAGUCUCUAAUUCCACCUGCUACCUAAAGCAGACACAAUACCUGUAAUAGCGAAAAGUAAAUUCGAAGACAGCGACGAUCAACUGGACUCGAGCAAAAACUGAAAAAUUCAGGGGGGUGCACACAUAUUGAUUGACAAUAUCGGGAAUACAUUCAUUUUUUAUUUCUCUCUUGAACUUUCCCCCUCGGGUUGAUGGUUUAGCGCGUGUGUGUAUCGACACUGUCGCGUUCUUUAUUCUGCUUCAUUUUGAUAAUUUUCCUCCUCCUUAGGCUCAGCAGAAUUCUCAUUUAAAUUAGUGAUUUUCAAAGUGCACGCGAGUACGGCUGAUCGUAGCUCUGAUCAGAAGAGAGCGCCUUUACGAAGCCAAUGCACCGUUGGUAUCUGUUUGACUCAACCUAUGGUUUAAAGUUGUUGCGCUUAUGGGUUCAGUGAAUUUGAUUACACCAUUAAUUGAGUAGACUUAAUUUCCCGUAUAUGUGUGCGCCUGCGGAACGUAAUUACUCGCCCGAAAGUGAUUGUGUUUUCUCAUUCCUCGAGUUUCGGAAGCGUGUUAAUUGGAAACACGAUGCGAAUCGGCAGCAUCAGAAGAAGCUGAUGUUCACCAAAGCUAUGACAUUUUUGUCACGAGAUUGAACCUGGAUAAAAAAAAAUCAUCAUCAGCAAUAAACGCAACGAACCGACAAGACCCUGUCGUCCUAGUUUUGCUCAGAUAACAACCUUUGCCUAAAACGAGGAGCACAAACAAGCGGUUGAUCACUAAUUUGUACGACCCAUCGUCAUCAUUGAUUGUGUGAGCAGAAGCAGCACUGAAAUCAACACGAAAAAAACCAGUUCCACAACAAGACCUCCGUGCUGCCCUCCAUGCUAACCACAAACCUGGUUGGAUCGCACUCAAGCAGAUCGAUAGGACAGCGCGCGAAGUCCGAAAGAUACCAAAUUAAUUAACGGACCUCCGCGUCGUUUAUUCUGACUGGUCGCUUUUUUGCUUCAUUUUUCUCGUGACGGAGGGAGGAGGAGUGCCCCAAUCGGGAGUGUGCCGAGCUGAUGAGGUCGAUCGACACCUUUGCGCUUGUUGAGUCCGUCAAAACACGGCUUUCGACAUGAAGCGACGACCUCCGAAAGUGGUUUCGUACCUUCAGCUAAAGCAGCAGCAGCAAGCUCAUCCCCGAUCGUUCCGGGUAAGAAUAGCGUCGAACGAUCGUGCCACCAUGAACAGCUGAAGGAAGCGCACAGAGGAAACGCAAGUUUUCUUCACCAUCUGUGAUUGUAACACAUUCCAACACCUCGCGGUUCAACAACAAAAAUAUAAGAAAGAAAGCACACAAGAAGGAAGAUAGCUUUUAAGCAUUGCAUAAUAUUACUAGUUUUACGUUAUAGAUUUCUCGCAAAACACAGAAAAUGUCACAAGGCACGUAUGUCAGCAAAUAUGCAGGCGAAUUUUGUAAACUCGUCGUCGAGGGCGAUGUCGCUAAAAUCAAGUCCAAAUUCAAAGAUAUUGUGCUUGAUUAUCAGACUCCGGAAGAUCUCAACACCCCGCUGCACUUAUCGAUCAUUGCUCAGCAGAAUCGCAACGAAAUUAUUCAAUUCCUUAUCGAAUCCGGCGCGGAUUGUGAUCUUCGGAAUUCGAUGAAUCUAACCGCUUCGGAAUUGGCUAUCAAUCUCAAUUUUCUGGAUGUGACGAAAUUUAUGCUUGCGAUAGAGUUUCGAAAUCUGUCGGAUUAUCGAUGUUUCUAUCGAUUGAUUCGACGUGGGUCGGUACCGCUGCUUCAGUUAUUUCUCGAGUUAAAAAAUUUUGACGUCCACCAGCAGAUUCAUUUUUUGUCUAGCGUUUGGCACGAGCUAUACGUGAAGAACGUUCAGAUUUCGAAGAACAUGGAGAACUUUCUCGAAUACCAACUGCUCAACUAUAGCUACGCAUAUCAUCAUCCACCAAGCCAGAAGCCAGAUCGGUUAAAAUUUGACAAAGAACACGAAAAUCGGAUUGACUUGAUUGUCGAGUAUACACGAUAUCUAACCGGACUGUAUGCCACCAAUAACCUGAACGACUUCGACGACAAGUUUUUACUGGCAAUCAAGAUCAUCUACGACAAUUUGUUUUUCAUAAAAGAUAAACAUGAGUUCUCCCAUCUUCCGAUGGUAGAAACCGAGCGUUGUCUGGCGAUAUUUCUAGCCAUCUUCAAGAAAAAUCCAGAUUACGAAAUCUACAAAUUGAUCAUCAAUAAAAAGCAGCUACUGCUUUUUCUGACGGCUGUUUGCGAUGAAUUGGAUAAAAUUAAAAAAGAUCUGCUGGACAAAGAGAAUCGCAGCCAACAAAAGUGGACCAAUGAUCUGUUCCUACAUCUGAUCAACUGCAUUCGAAAUGCGGCACCCGCUAAAUCGACGAAGGCCAUCAAUGCGCAUUGGAAGAAGAAGUGUCCACUGAAAAAGAAGCUCGUUUACUAUGUUAAAGCGAGACUCAAAGCCAAUCCGGAACUGAAUGCAAUUCAGGCACGGUUGAUCAACAAUUUGUCCAAAACGGAACUGGAAAUGAUUCGGGCGGAGAUGAAAACGAAAGAGUUUCUCAAUCUGACUCGAUCGGUGUCUCGGAAGAACUAUGUUGUGUUCAAACGAUUGAGAAAAACGGCCGAUCACCUAGCACAGCUGUAUGCGAUUAAAAAAAUUUUACGUUACUUGGAUGGGAUUUCCAGGGUACAGUUGCCUCAGUACCAGGUUUCCAGCGUACUGGCUAUAAAGAGAACCCUGCAAGUUCUAGCGGAUUCUAGCACCAAUACAAAAUACAGCCCACGAAUCCAACGAAAGCUAGACUACGUGAUCAACAAGAUUCUACCGCUCAAUUUGGAUAUUGAAUUGAGAGAUUACUACACGCCGAAUGUUUCACUGUACAAACUCUGCUCCGAUAAGCUGGAGAGUCGACUGAUGCCGUUUGCUGAAGUGCAAUGUAGCCUCAAGUCCGUACGGCGCUACUUCUCGUACAUAUUUGACUUGAAGAUGUUAGAAGCAUACAAAUGCUACUUGGGGAAUGUGUAUCAACUGAAGGAUCACGUUCAGGUGAAAACAUACAACCAGUACGUGGGUGAAACCAAUCGAUUGUACUUUGAGAAUCAUACUCUCGAUGAUCUGUAUUUUGAGCUUGAAGACUGUAUACGAGCGGUGGAGGAAAUGCAGGAGACCUUCAAUCAGCAGCAUGAUGAUAAGAUCAGUGAUCUGCUAAGAUGUAUUCAUCAACCGCUAGCACAUCGGUAUGAGAUGUUGCUACGGGAAGGUAACCGUUUGCUGUCCACCGUCAGUGCCAAUUUCAGCACCAGUAUGCUAUUGGGCACAGCCAAUCAGGAUAUGACUAAAAUAAAACGAAUUAUCCAAACCUUUUUGAACGAGAAGUACCCAAAAUAUGACAUCAGCAAUGACUGUCAGUUGGUUAGUGUAAACAUUGUUUUACAGGAGAUGCUGCAUCUGUUCACCAACUAUCUGUACCAGUAUCAAAUGGAUGAACGCGUGUUGAAAAACUUCAUCACUAUGAUCCACAUACUGAACGUGGAGCGCUAUUUUGCCACCGAUCACUUCCUACCGCAGAGAGAACGGACAUAUGACAGUCUCAUACAUCAAAACUACACCAACGACAUCCUGAAAAAGUUCAACCUGCCUAACCUUAGUUCACUUGAAUUCGCAGUGCUUCAUGAACAACUUGCGAUCAACUACUACAACAAUUGUUUCAACUUGGACAAAAAGUACGCUGUGAUGACGAUGUUCAUGAAAACUACCAAUCGCCAAAUCAAUGACGCCAUUAUUAAACGCAACAAGCGGAUGGAUCGUGACGAGUUUCAGUCGUAUUUGGACAGCAAACUGAAACUGAUUGGACAGUUCUUACCGUGCAGUGACUUCAACGAAGUAACUCAAUUCAUCAACGAAGCUGCGCCUCACGUGGAAUUUGCGCUGGAAUUCUGUCUGCUUGAGAUCUGUGAAAUUCUAACCGAUCUGAAUGUGUUCCAGGACAACUCGUACGUACUGAAGCUGCAGUCGUCGAUUAUCAGUGGAAGGAAUUUGCGUGAGUAUUUACUGCACGAUCCGCUGACCUACGAUAUGCUUACGUUAACACAUAGCACCAAGGUAAAGGUCUUCCUAAAUGGGCUGAUCUUCAAGAGUAAUGACUUUAAGCUGUACCAGCCAGCCAAUAAUCUCAAGGUAAACGUUAACGAUUUGGCUACAAUCAACGAGAAUCUCAUCAAUAGCUACAAGAUGAAGUGGAGUUGGGUUGAACAGCAGGAACGCCUAUUCAAAUCAGUCGAGAAUAUAGAUUUGAAGUUGCUGCAGGCACUGACACCGGAUUACGCCGAUAUUCGGGGGAUGAGGUUGGGUGCACUGCAGGAGCAAGCUCCGAUUGCCGAGUAUGAGAUUAUUGACUACACGAUUAAAAGCAAUCUGAAGGCAAUGAUCGACUUCCUGGUGGACGACGUUCAAGCCAUAUCGUACGAAAAGCAACAGUUUUUCCAAUAUCUGCUAGUACGAAGUUUCGGAUCGCUGUUCGUCGAUGCUCACGUCAAUUUGACGGGACUACAUGAGCGACAGGCAACGAUCCUAUACAUGGCAUUGUAUUUUCGAGCCUAUGAAAUCUUCCUGGACAACGUGAAAAAGUUCGAACUUAGUAUAAACUUAUCCAAAAUAGCCAAGUACAUUAAUUGCGAGUUCAUCGACAAAAUUGCAAAGCAGAUGAAAGACAUCAGUUGGAACUGUCACGACGAGAGCGGUGUAACGAUACUGAAUCAGUGCAUUCAAAAGGGUGAUGCCCAGGCGGUCAGGAAACUAAUCAAACAGGGUGUCGAUGUAAAUCAGUGCAAUGCGGAUGGUACUACUGCUCUGCAUCGGGCUUGCAGUUUAGGGUUGAACGAUAUCGUACGAAUACUUGUGAAACAGAACGUUCAAAUCAACGUUGGUAACGAGCAAAACUACUUGCCGUUAACCUACGCCAUACAAUACAACGAGAACGAACUUAUACCUGCACUUAUCAGCGAUGAGAUAAAUGUUGGUUUGGAAAAACUGAAUCUUGUUAAUGAAGCAAUUAAAUGUGGUAAUCUUGAUGCGUUGAAAUUUUUAUUGGAAAUUCGACAAAUCAGUUUAACGGUCAAAAUGGAUCAUGAGCACAACACUUUGAUUCACCUGUGUGCAAUUCAUGCUCAGGAAGACAUACUGAGAUAUUUGAUUAGCAAUCAUUGCAAGUACGUUCAAGAUAAUUUGAACCAGCAGAACUGUUAUUUGAAAACAGCGCUACACAUCGCUGUCAGUGACAAUCGUUACUCAAUCGUUGAACUGUUACUACAGCGAAAAGCAUCAGUUUCAGUUCCCGAUCAGUGCGGUUUGAGCGCACUCGAAUGGGCCAUCGUACGGAAUAGUGUCAAAAUGCUCAAAUUGCUAAUCAAAUACAACAUUCGCCAUCAGAAAAGCUCUCUUCCACAACUUCCGUUAACGAUGGUUGUUGAAAGGAAAAACAUUCGUAUGCUUAAGCUAAUGAGCAACAUUGGAUACAGCUUGAAUACGGAACCGCUUUGUUUGAUCAAGGCGGUCUACGCCCAAUCAGUGGAGCUCGUGAAAUAUCUGGUGGAGAGUAACAGAAUGUGUCUGAAAUAUACGGAUCCAUACGACAGCUCGGCAUUGCACGUCGCUAUCGCGAUAGGUUGUAACGAAAUUGCAGCAUUUCUGAUUGAAAGUGGAUCGGAGAUCAACGCCAUUACCAAGUUUGGGGAUACACCACUACAUGUGGCUGCAAAACAUUGCAACAUAAUCGCUGCACGAAUGCUAAUUUUGAAGUACGCAGCGAUCGACGAACGGAACUCAUCUGGACUGACCCCGUUGAUGCAGGCUAUGUAUUCGCGCAAUCUAGACAUUAUGAAGCUGCUGAUCGGAGCAGGGGCGAAUAUCGAACUGCUCAAGAUCCAUCUGGCGGAAAUCGAGCAAAUGUCAAAGAUACCCACGAUUCACAUGUUUGCCGAUAACUAUGGGCUACUGGAAUUCAUGAUUCUCCAGUUGCAGUACGAUCCAAACGUUCGAGAUAGUCGGAAUCAGCAGAACUUACUGCAUAAGGCAUGCUAUACAAACAACCUACAAAUCGUACAGUUUUUAGUGGAUUGGUGUCGGCUACAAACGGAACAACAAGACUCCAACAAUCGAACGCCUCUGGCGAUUGCUAACGAGUGUAAAAAUUUUGACGUGGCCGAAUUUUUGCGUGGCAAAAAGAGAAAAAAGUCCCAAAUUACACCCCAGCGGUACUUUGAUCCGUCGGGGAUAAUAUGAGGAACAUUACCAGUGCUUACAUUCCCAGUGAACUAUCCAUUUUCUUAGCUGGUUAAAGUCCCAGGUGGACGAUUUUCGUACUAUUACAAUCGUUAUCUUGUGUUGGGUAACUCGCAAUCAUAAAGAAAAUAUUGCAAUGGAUAGUGUUUAAGAGUAACUCCUCGGUUGAUCAGCACCGUGUGCCGCUACGCGAAGGAAAGCUCGCUAGUUUCCCAGCUUCUGUACGGAAGUCGUCUACCUCGUGCGAACUAGCAUUAUUCUGCCCUACGAGCUUGCACUCAUGUCAGCCCUUCUGGAGCAAGAUUUGUUCGAUUUUGACCGAAAGUUCCUCCUACUGUAAAACUAUCGCAACGUGUCGCAGGAUUCCACCGACUGUAUCCUUCAGAGCAUUCCGGUAAACCGAACUGCUCCUGAAGUAUCUUUACAUUUAGAUAUUUUUUACACACUUCUCGAAUCCAAAAUCCAUGCGCUGCAAUAGCUUUACCCACUUAGCAUUACAGAAAACCGAGUCGAUUCUGCUUCAGAAUUUGGGCCGAACGAGAGCUGCUCAACAUCGCAGAUCUUUAUUUGUUCCGCUGAACAUCCAACGGCAAACCUCCACGUUCUAGUCAGUGUGGGAUGUGCGUUUGUAAUGAGUGCCAUUAUCCCAUGAUUCCAUUCCACAGUGGCUCCAAAAUGGUAUUCAAGAAAGUUAUGUUCAUGACCGAUCUUCUACGGCAUUGAAACUCGGGGAGUUUCUAUGGUUGGGAGAUUUGAAAUUUUAUCUGUUUAUUUUUUUGAUAGACCUUCAUAACAGAAGCAAUGAAAAGAAUUCGGCAGGAAACCAUUUUUAAUUUGAAUAUUGUAAGAAUAUCGGCCAAUAAACUUUGCCGAACACGUUAAACCCUAGAAGCAAUUAUGUUGAAGGAAACAUGUUGUGUCUUGGCAAAUACCGCUUCGGAACCACUGUGCUUAUUUUUGUUCCAUUCCCAAUCAUUUUCGGAGGGACUCAACAAGUAUCAGGGAAUGUUUGCCGAAAGACUUUCAAUCUCAUCCAGUGAAAUAAGACUAUCUUACACUCUCAAAUUUAUAUCUUAUUCGUUAUUACUAGUAUUCGUAUAUAACGUUCUAAACUGGUAGCUGCAUAUUUCCACAAUAGAAGGCCAUGUUGCCAAAAAAAAUGGCGCAAUCAAUGUAAUAAGAAGACAUUUUGCAGCAUUUUUUUAAUUUUUAGAGAGUAUAACUACAAGCAGACAAAUUUAGAAUCGUGAUUUACUGUGUAAAAGUGUGUGAUUUUGCGCAACAAAUUUGAGACAGUGUUGUUUCAAAACAGUGUCACAAAACUGAAAUCUAGGGCAAAAUAAUUAUCAUUUCUUUGAGUAAAUUGUAGAACUCCUAACAGUAAGAAUUUUCUAGUGUAAGACUAAACAAAAAAAACUAGAGCAUCACAUAAGAAAAUAUGAAAAAACACAUUUUAUCGUACCUUUAAGUAACGAAACCUCGCAUACACUAUUCGUCUGGACGUUCGCAAGCGGAUCUCGUGCCGCUUCCGGUGAAGUUCCCACCUGUUACUAACGACACAUGAUAAAAAAAGCCUCGCAUUUUCAUAUAGAAAUAAAAACUAGCACCAUCCUGGUGAAGAACGAUUCUAAAGUGGGCCGAACCGUUUGCGUAGCAGUUCCGGGCGAUGAGCAAACUAUAAAACAUAAGUUAUUUAUUAGGUAGACACUUGUUAUGCAUGCACCAAAUUUAUUAUAACAUAAUAAAUUUCAAUGCAUCAUUGUAGCAUCACGACAAGAACAACAAGUAGCAAUCAGUGGUGAUAGACGGUGGAAAAGUGACAACAGCCUCUGUCAGCAAAACUAAGUGAAAGAAAAUGAACAAAUGUGCAGUUCAAUAUAAAAUUUACCGUGAAACGAAAAUCAGACUGACAUAAAUGAGCAAAAUUAGUAGAACAACAGCGGAAACAAGACAACAUAGAUUGAAAAAAUAAACAAACACAUGUUUCAUCACAUCAAAUUUCGAGCUAGAACAGAAAGCCAACACAUCUGUAAACAAAAGAAACCUUUAUACAGCUAAAGUCAUGCAGGUGUCUCUGUUUAAUGUCUAUCGUUUAGAAAAGCAGGAUUAUAUAAAUAAAAGAAAACAGACUAUGUAAAAAAUAUGCAAAAACAAAAUAAAUUCCGCCAGAUGUCACCAUCUACCUGCCAGCAAAAACUAAUGAGCAGAGUCGAGACUUGUCAAAUGAAGUAGAACGACACUGCCUUAUGGGCAAGUUUACGAUAAAACGCAACAUUACAAUUUCUUUGUGCAACAAGAAACGUUUGCAUCGUGCAAUCGAGAGCAGACGGUGGUCCGGUGGUGACUUCUUAGGGAUCAGAAAAAAAAGAGAAAAAAAACGCACAACACAUUCCAAUUCGAGCAAAACUGUGAAAGAUUCAGUUCUUUUGGACAUUCCACCUGUACCUUAAGUUCAACGGUAACUUUGUUACUAAUACCUAUAUUCUAUUUUUUCUGGAAAUUGCGUUUCAUUUGAAACAGAACAUUAUUUAUCAUAUUCCGAGCUGGAUUGAAUUUUAAAAGAAGA